UUCCCUUAUUUAAUAUUCACAGAUUUUUUUCCUUCUAUUUGUUAUUAGGUGUUGAUCAUUGUGAUCAUUGUCUCCUCUUCACAUACUCAUAAAUACUCUUCUCAGAAGAUAAGAGACGAGAACAAGAGUUUCUUUUGUGUCUGUGACUGUGUCUCCUGUAAUAACGAGCCAUGUCUGAAACUCCGCAGGUUCAGAACUCUACUGGGUCAAUCCCAUCUUCCGACAAAACUGAAGAUACCUUGACGAAGGUGAAGGUUAACGAAGAGAAUAUGGAUGAACCAAGUCUGUUUCCUGAUCGUCCUGGUGAGAGAGAUUGCCACUACUUUAUGAGGACUGGCAAGUGUGGCUAUGGAAGCAGCUGCCGUUACAAUCAUCCUGUUUCUCAUGUUCCAGAGGCUGUGUUUUACCACAGAGAGGAACUGCCUGAGAGGGUUGGUCAGCCAGACUGUGAGUAUUUUCUCAAGACAGGAGCCUGUAAGUAUGGCGCAGCAUGUAAAUAUAACCACCCAAAGGACAGGAACGGUGCUGGACCGGUGCUGUUUAAUGCCCUCGGUUAUCCUAUGCGACAGGGUGAGAAGUCAUGCCCGUAUUACAUGCAGAAAGGGAUGUGUAGGUUCGGAGUUGCCUGCAAAUUCCAUCAUCCUCAGACUCAUAAUGCCCAACCUACUAGCUUUCCUUUUGGUGGUAGCUUGCCGGUGAUGUCUUUGGCUCCUGCAACGUAUGAAGCUAUGUCACGUCCUCAAGCUCUUCACCCUCAGGCCUAUUCCUUUAUGGUUGCACCUCCUCAAGGCUGGUCUACUUUCAUGGGUGGUUAUGAUAUGAAAACUGAGCUUGACUCCAGUUCUGAAAAGGCUGAAUGUAGUUUUUUUAUGAAAACUGGGACCUGUAAAUAUGGAGAUAAUUGCAAAUACAGUCAUCCAAAAGAAAGGAUGUUACUAUCACCACCACCAAAUCUCUUUAACCCUGUGGUCCUCCCUGCUAGACCAGGACUACCCGCAUGUGGUAACUUCAAGGCCUAUGGGUUUUGCAAGUAUGGAGCAACCUGCAAGUUUGAUCACCCUGUGCCAGUAAACACUUACAACAACACAGGCUCCACCAUGCCUUCUCCCCCUUCUGCUUAUGCUCCACCGGUUUCAACUCCUGUGAGGAUCACAUCACCGCCAAGCGGCUCCAAUGGUGGUGACAAACCUGCUGCAGAGGAUAACAGCUCAGAGACUGUGAAAGAAGAGGAUGGACCAGACAAGGCAGAAGUGCAUGAAUCGUCACAGCUAAGCCGCUCUGGUUCAACUGCCUUAUCCAAUGAUGCAGAGAAUCCAGGUCCAGAGACUAAGAAAGAGGAGGAUGAUCCUUUACCAGCUGACAACUCGGGAAAGCAGGAAUCAUCUGACAAUUCUGCAUGAUCAUAUGAUCCAACUUUCUAACCAUCUCUAAAGAUCUUUUUCUGCCCUUUUUGUGAAUUUUUUGGAAGAAGGGCUUGAACAUGUUUCUAUCUUUUUUCUUUUUGGAUUUUUAAGACAGCCAUGGCUGAAACAAAAUAGGAAUUGAACAUUUUCUUUUUUUUAAUUGGUUGAUAAAGUUUGACUUCA